CAACGAAUCCAACGGUGAAAAUGUUAAAUAAUUGUUUAAAACAUUAAUUAUUAAGUAUAAACAAUAUUUGAAAAGUGAUAUUUGUUAAAAAUAUUGUUUAAAUAAUUUCUAUUUGUGUAUAGAUAUUUAAAAUUUUGAAAUUUGUGGGUUUUACAACCCCUUGAACAGUUACAAGAUUAAUCACUAACUGUAUAACCUCAAAAAUCCUCUUGGUCAAUGUGUAAGUCUAUGAAAAAGCGUCAUAAUUUGCACAUGUGCACAGUAGUCACAUGGUUUUGAAAAAAUUCGAAAGACAAAUUUUCAAAAAUUGUGAGAAAAAUUAAAAAUGACAGCUUUAGCUUUUAGUAGCAAUGAAUCCGCUACAUUGGAAAGAACUGUUGAAGUUGAGGGAAAUAUUGAAUUUACACCAAAUGAGCUAGUGCCCGAGAAAUAUGAUUUACAGAAGUGUAUUACCUGGAUUCAAAAUGAAAAACUUGAAAGGGUGUGUUUACAGUUACCAGACUGUCUUUUACCAGAUUCGUUUCCUAUUGCAAUAUAUUUAGAAGAAGGUUUAGGACAAAAGGUCUACGUUUUAGGAGACACAUCCUAUGGAAGUUGUUGCAUAGACGAAGUGACUGCUCAACAUGUUGGUGCUGAUGGAAUAAUACAUUUUGGACAUGCUUGUUUGAGUCCCACAACACGUUUACCGAUUUAUCAUGUUUUGCCAAAACAAGAAAUCAAUGUAACAGAAUUCUGCAAGGAAUUCGAUCGAUUCUUCGAGGAUCGUACCAAAGAUUUAUUAUUUUUCUACGACAUUUCUUACGCUCAUGCUAUUGAAAAAAUUUACGAAUCUCUCAAGGACAAAUUUAAAAAUUUACUUUUAACGAAAUUGAAUUGCAAGUCAAAUGUUAAUUACACUGAACGAACAGAUGAUGAAAGUAAUAUAAUAUUAGGUAGAAGUUAUACUCUUGAAAAUGAUUGUAAAAAUGAGGAUUAUGAGAUGUUUUUCUUGGGACCAGGUGGAAAGACACUUGCAAAUUUAGCAAUGACCAUUCCAGCGAAGAAUUGGUAUUAUUCAGAAGGGGGUGGAAUUAAAAAAUUUGAGGCUUUAAACACUCCUUGGUUAAAGAGACGAAGAUUUCUCGUAGAGAAACUUAAAGAUGCGAAAGUUGUUGGGAUUGUUGUUGCCACUUUAGGAAUUAAAAACUACUUAAAUAUAAUAAGUUCCCUCAAAAGUACACUGAGAAAAGUUAACAAGAAAACUUAUACAUUAUGCGUUGGGAAGAUAAAUCCGGCAAAACUUGCAAAUUUUCCAGAGAUGGAUGCAUUUGUGGUAAUUGCUUGUCCAGAAAGUGAAAUAUUCGAGUCGAGAGACUUUUUGAAGCCAAUGUUAUUACCAUACGAAGUUGAUUUAGCUUUUAAUAGUUCGCGAGAAUUUUCACAAAACUAUUGCAUGGACUUCAAUCAAAUAUUGCCCGGUGGCAUAAAUUAUGUAAAUUUUCAAGCAUCAACUGAACCGGAUAUUUCAUUGAUAUCGGGAGGUGUUCGUGGUUCUAAGGAAGAUGAGCCUUCUUCAUCAGAAAUGAAUGCAAUAGCAUGUAAAUCUGAUGGGACUGUGGCAAUUGGAAAAGCUGGUGCCAAUUUUCUUCAAGCAAGAAGUUGGAAGGGUCUUGAACAACGAUUAGGUCAGGACGAGGUAAAAUCAUCAGUUCAAGGACGAAGUGGAAUUCCCGUGAGCUACGAAAAUGAGCCCAUCAAUAAAGAAACUAAUUGAAAUCUUCAGGAUUGACAUAAAUGCAGAGCAAGGGUGCCAAAUGAAGAAGAAACAUAAGCGCGAAACACAAAAGUUUUGUGCAAGUCUCUGCAAGUUGGUGCACGCAAAAACCUUCCUCUAAUUACUCCGAAGAAUCCAAGUUUAAUGGGAAAAAGAAAUCUUUACUUAAUUUUAAAAAGGUAAAUAGCAAAUAAAUAACACCGUGCCUGAAUAUUGUAAAUGUUUAUACGGUUUUGAUAAUGUUAGUGAAUUCUGGAGAAUUGAAAUCACACAUAUAUAUAUAUACAUAUACAAAAGUGGAUGACUAAGCGCGAGAGAGCGAUGCUCUCGAGAGCAAUGGUACCAUGAUUUCGAUUCAUAUUGAAAUAUUCAAUUUCACAAAAGUUCGAUAUAAUUUUGUGCAAGAUUAUUGAACAAAAUGUAAUUGUUUAAUUGUUGAACAAAAAGGCAAAUGAAAAUUUGGACUUACCAUUUUUUCAGUCGUAGUAAAAAAGGCACUGGAGAUCACACUUAACAUAAUAGAUAAUUUAGAGGCACACAAGGAGGAAUUCUAUGGACACCAAAGGGAAAAAACUAUAACUUUUCUGCGAAACUUAGACAUUCGCGAAGGCAAAUUAUUUUGGCAAAGAGGAUUUCUCUCUUGUUUUAUCCUCAAAGUUCACCUGCAGACUAUUGUAAAUCGUGGUGACUAAUCUCGAGAACCAGCGUGCACUAAACGUGUUCAAACCUGCACAGCGAGAGCAAGUAAAAGUGGGGGAUCAAAGGAGUCGGGAUUCUGUACGCACAGGUUCACGAAGAAUGUAGUGGGCGAGAUGUUUUCUUCAGUGUUAGUGAAACGAAUUACAGGCGCGUAAGAGGAAUCAUAAAUAUAGGGAGUUUUUAAACCCCAAAAACCACAACAAAAGAUAAAGGAAAUUAAUUUCAUCUUCGAGAUUUUGAAUUUUUUAUUUUCAUAAUUUUUUCUUUCAUUGAAUUCAAUAUAGCAACUAUUUUGCUUUCGUACAAUAUUUUUUGAAAUCUUCAUUCUUUGUCUUCUUUGUUUGUUUUGUAUUUAAAAUUAAAAGAUUUUCUUUUUUUUUAUUUAUUUUCUUUGGUUUGAAAAAGAAUUUCCUGAAUCGAUACUGAAAAGGGCCUAAUUACUUUUUGAUUUUAUAUUAUCAGAAUAUUGAAAUUAAAUUAACAAGUCUUCCUCAAAUAUUUAAAUCGAAAAAUUGUUUACAGUAUGGCAAUUUUAACUUAUUUAUAUAAUAAUUUCUCUCUGCUUAUGCCGGAGAUAUUUAUAUUCAUCGAUUUUGUAAAUAUGUAAUGAAACUGGGUAAAACAAAAUGAAGUAAUAAAUUUUUUAUAGGGUUUACAGAA